CGCCGCUCUAGGGUUUUUGCUUUUCGCCAUUGGUCCAAGUGCUAUUUGGUUGUUUAAGCCAAAUAUCAGAUCUUGCGCCGCUCUUUAUCCCAUUCAACAUUCAUACGAGCACCGCUUUACGGUUUUUGCUUUUCGACAUUGGUCGAAGUGCUAUUUGGUUGUUUAAGGUUAUUGCAUUGAGGGAAAAUGAAUGGACAAGGUGAUUUGGAUGCGGUUGGAAACAUUCCAAAACCAGGUGAAGCUGAAGGCGAUGAGAUUGAUAUGAUUAAUGAUAUGUCUGGUGUUAAUGAUCAAGAUGGUGGAAGGAUGAGAAGAACCCAUAGGCGCACUGCUUAUCAAACUCAAGAACUUGAAAAUUUCUACAUGGAAAAUCCUCAUCCCACUGAAGAACAGAGGUACGAGCUUGGACAAAGGCUUAAUAUGGGUGUCAAUCAAGUCAAGAAUUGGUUCCAGAAUAAAAGAAAUCUCGAGAAGAUCAAUAAUGACCACCUUGAGAAUGUAACUCUUAGAGAAGAGCAUGACAGAUUGCUAGCAACUCAGGAUCAGCUUAGAAGCGCAAUGCUACGUAGUUUAUGCAACAUUUGUGGUAAGGCAACUAAUUGUGGAGACACUGAAUAUGAGGUGCAAAAACUUAUGGCUGAGAAUGCUAACUUGGAGCGGGAGAUAGACCAGUUCAAUUCCAGAUACCUUUCUCAUCCCAAACAAAGGAUGGUCAGUACAUCCGAACAGGCGCCUUCUUCUUCCUCUAAUCCAGGAAUAAAUGCAACACCAGUACUUGAUUUUAGUGGUGGAACUAGGACGUCUGAGAAGGAGACAUCAAUUUUUCUGAAUCUUGCCAUUACGGCUUUGAGAGAGUUGAUUACAUUGGGAGAAGUGGACUGUCCAUUUUGGAUGAUAGAUCCAAUCGUUAGAUCCAAAGGAGUAUCAAAGAUCUAUGAGAAGUAUAGAAGUUCUUUCAACAAUGUCACAAAACCUCCCGGGCAAAUUGUGGAGGCUUCAAGAGCUAAAGGUUUAGUUCCCAUGACUUGCGUGACUCUGGUCAAGACUCUUAUGGACACAGGCAAAUGGGUCAACGUGUUUGCACCUAUAGUCCCUGUGGCAUCAACCCAUAAAGUGCUAUCUACCGGUUCUGGUGGAACCAAAAGUGGCUCACUCCAACAGAUUCAAGCAGAAUUUCAAGUAAUUUCUCCGCUGGUACCAAAGAGAAAAGUAACGUUUAUUAGAUACUGCAAAGAGAUCAGACAGGGCUUAUGGGUGGUCGUCGACGUUACUCCUACUCAAAAUCCGACUUUGCUGCCCUAUGGUUGUUCUAAGAGGCUACCCUCAGGCCUUAUCAUAGACGACCUGUCCAAUGGGUACUCCCAGGUUACAUGGAUUGAACAAGCGGAAUAUAAUGAGAGUCACAUCCACCAACUCUACCAGCCUUUGAUUGGCUAUGGGAUCGGGCUAGGUGCAAAGAGAUGGCUCGCGACGCUGCAGAGACACUGCGAAAGCCUCUCGACCCUUUCAUCUACCAACUUGACUGAAAUUAGUCCAGGAUUGUCUGCAAAAGGUGCAACUGAAAUAGUGAAGCUAGCACAGCGAAUGACUCUCAACUACUACAGAGGUAUUACGAGUCCUUCGGUGGACAAGUGGCAGAAAAUUCAGGUGGAGAAUGUGGCACAAAACAUGAGUUUCAUGAUCCGAAAGAACGUGAAUGAGCCUGGUGAGCUAACUGGGAUUGUGCUGAGUGCAUCCACUUCUGUUUGGCUCCCAGUGAACCAGCAUACACUCUUUGCUUUCAUUAGCCACCUGAGUUUCAGACACGAGUGGGAUAUCUUGACCAAUGAUACUACCAUGGAAGAAACAAUCCGGAUUCAAAAAGCAAAACGCCAUGGAAACAUCAUCUCUCUUCUGAAAAUCGUUAAUAAUGGUAUGCUGGUUCUGCAAGAGAUUUGGAAUGAUGCAUCAGGUGCAAUGGUGGUGUAUGCACCAGUGGAAACCAAUUCUAUUGAGCUGGUCAAGAGAGGUGAAAAUUCAGAUUCUGUGAAGUUUCUUCCUUCGGGAUUUUCGAUAGUGCCAGAUGGAGUAAAUGGGUCAUAUCAUAGAGGCAAUACUGGUGGAGGAUGUCUACUGACAUUUGGACUUCAGAUCUUGGUGGGCAUCAAUCCAACUGCUGCACUCAUUCAAGGUACUGUCAAAAGUGUCGAGACACUCAUGGCUCAUACUAUUGUCAAGAUCAAAUCCGCGUUAGAUUUACAGACGUAACCAUCAGCAGCUCCAGUUUCCGUUGUUCCGCAAGAAAUUCGACAUUGGCUUGUGCCCUAGUUUGCUUUUCCAACCAAGACUCUUCUGGAUUAACUUUUUUAUGCGUUUGUUGAUCUGUUUGCUGGAUAUUUCUUGCUUCCUUUCUUCUUUCCUUUUCUGAAACUCUCAAAUUGUUACAAACCAGAAUUAAUAGAGAGUUAGAACAAUAUAUUUCGUAUUCAA